GGUUUUUUAAUGUAAAGUACCUUCCAUAUGUGGCUGGGGGAGAAACUGCCAUGGAUUUGGGCCUGGGUGUUGUGUCUUGCCCCCUCCCCCAGCAAACGAUCGUGGCUAGGAAACUUGCACAGAGGAAGUGGUUGAGGUUUGGUCUAUAGAUCUGGAGGGAAAGAGCUUCUGAUCAAAAUGAUUCAGCAAGAAACCUCCAUCCCACAGCACAGCCACCCCACCUGACUCAGCUAGGCUGUUGGGGGAACUCCGUCCCCUCCUGUUUCUUGACAGACCCCCUGCAGGCACAGGGCACCACCGGGCAGCAAGGACUGCCGCAGGGCACGAGCACUGCCGCGGGGCACGAGCACAGCCAGGCCCCGAGCCUCAUUGGGCCCAGCCUUCCGACCUCCCACACAACCACCAUGCGGUCAGCCUGGAUGCUGCUGGCCUGCUGCUGCGUUGUCUUGAGCGCCAUGGAGGGCCUUUCCAGAGAUUUUUGUCUCCAGAACCUUAAUUCAAGUGUGAAGCCAGGGUUUCCCAAAACAAUAAAGACCAACGACCCAGGAGUCCUUAAAGCUGCCAGACACACCGUUGAAAGGUUCAAUAACUGCACAAAUGACAUUUUCUUGUUCAAAGAGUCCCACGUCAACAGAGCCCUGGUCCAGAUAGUGAAAGGCCUGAAAUACAUGCUUGACAUGGAAAUUGGCAGAACCACCUGCAAGAAAACCAGCCAUGCCAGUCUGGACGACUGUGACUUCCAAACCAACCGCACCUUGACACAGACAUUCUGCUGCUACUCUGAGGUCUGGGUUGUUCCCUGGCUCCACAAGUUCUCAGUGCCUGUUCUCCUCUGUCACUGACAUCCUUCUCUUCCACAAGACUGCAGCUGUGACAAGCAUGCAGCAUGUCCCUCUGCUACUUUUCGUCAUAGCUUCAUUACUGGCUACCAGACACUGGAGACUCCCGAAGCAGGAUUUCAUGAGUGAGCAGAAAGGAAGGGCAAGUGGGUUCAGGACAGAGUAGAUGGGACAGUUUAGACCACCCAAUAACUAGAUUAAACAUGGGUAUGAACAUGAGACUGAGUAUCCGAUGGGAAUUAUCUGAGUAGGGAGAUGGCCCAGGGGGCAUGAGUCUUGGACGCCUGCAGAGGUUGUGUGUGUGGCCCUCCUGACUGUCCACUGAUCCCCAGGCUCAUGAUAAAAGAGCCAAGACAUCCAUCCAUUGAUCUGAGCACCAUGUGGGGGCCAAGUCUGUGACUGACCAUCUUGCCCUUUCAUGGAUAAAGUUAUGAAUAAAGAAUUGACCAUCUCAAAAGCAAUGACUAUAUGCUUUACCUUUAAAUGCAGAGUUAAGAGGAGAGGUGAGCACUGCAAGGGGUCUCCCUCACGAAGUAGCCUGAAGACUACCAAUUACUCCCAGAAAGCCCCCUGACUUGCCUCCUUCUGGUCAUUUAAUUUAGGGAUGGCGGUGAAAAACCGGAGCCCUGGUGGUGCAGUGUUUAA